GCAAAAUGUUCCACUUGACUGGCCAAUCACAACUUAUGUUUCCUUUAAAGGAAAAGUAUGCGAGGGUCUUGAUAUCUGUCAGUAAAAUCUACUUCGCUGUCUGUCAACACUCUGUCAUCAUCACACAUGGAUGGGCUGUGCAUUUUUCUGGUCAUUCUCUUAGGAGUUGCUUCUUGCAGCCAGGAUCAGACUUCACAAUCAGUAUUGGAGGUGACAGUCACACCAGGAGACAACAUCACUCUCUACUGUGACUGCAAAUCAUCAACUGGAGUAUACAUAGUGUGGUACAGAAACUGCUCUCAUAAGCACCAGCCAACUCUAGCUCUAAAUACAGUACCAAAACCAGUAAAAGGAAUCACUGACAUUAUUAAUCAUCGGACGUCUAAUUUUAAGUUUUUGAGCAACUCUUCCUCUGCAUCUUAUGACCUACUGAUCAUGAACAUCACUGAUUCUGAUGAGGGCCUCUACUACUGUGGAACUGAAGAGACGAAGGUGGAUAAAGGAGAAUACAUCACUCAAAGAAACAUUUACAGUUAUGGCAACGUAACAACGAGGAUCAUAUGUAACUCCAGUGAAACUCAACCAAACCAAACCUCAACUCACCAAACAUCUCAGCCAAACCAUGAUUGGUGCUGGAUGCUGCUACUCACUCUGUGUCCAGCUUUUGCUUUACUCUCCUCUCUCCUGUCCUCUCUCAUGGUUUAUCAGCUCUGUCAGAAAAAAGCUAAAGAAGUUCGAGCUGAUCAGGAAAGACCUGACGAUCAAGAACAAACGGGACUGAAUCAGGAUCAAGAUGUGUGUUAUGCUGCACUGGAAAUCCGUCAGGCAUCACAGAGACCAAAGAAGCAGAAAACAAAGAGUUCGGACUACAGCACCUACUCUGCCAUCAAUACUUCUAGGAUGUAGUACAGAAGCGCAUUGCUGCCACGCCAGGAAAAAUGGAAACAUCAGAAUUAUAACGUGAAAAGUUUAGUGAUAUAACAAGAUGAUUUUCACAUUAUAACAGAAAUUUUCAUGUUAUUACAAGAUAAUUUCAUGUUAUUCUGACAUUAAAAACUCAUCACGUUAUAGCCAGAAACUUUUGUUAAAACAAUAUAUCUUUUAUAUUGUUAUAAACAUUUCAUAUUAUAAUGUGAAAACUUCUAGUUAUAACUUAAAACGUUUCAAGUUAUAACGUGAUAACUAAUGCUGUUACAUUGCCUAUGCUGUUAGGCUAUAAUGUGAAGAUCAUAAUUGAGUGAGGAAACAAGUGGAGAAUAAACAAACUGAGUAACACGGCUCAUUUCCACAAUUUGAUUAAGUUCUACUUCAUGCUUGGGUUGAGACAUGACCACAUUCUGCCGUUGUUGAGCUCAGUGUACAAUAUUGUCAUAAGUAUGGGUACACUAAGAAGGAAGAAUAACUUCGACCCUCUGGAUGUCCCACUCAUUUCUCACUGAUCAGAUGAAGGGGCCUUACUACCUAAUACCAUAGCCAGCUUUGAAGCAGCUGAGAUGGUGUAGCUUGUAUCCAUGGAGCCGUCCAUGCCACUCCAGAUGAUCAAUGACAAAUGACUCUACAUGCAUGGGUGUACAAGUCGGGUCAGUGAGGUUUCAAACUUGGUUGUGAUUGACAAGUGGGCCCAGUCCCAGAGCACACACAGUAUGGUCUAAUGCACACUCCCAGUAAAUGCCAAACAGAGAUGACCAGUACAAACUUUACAGAUUUUUGGACGUCCACGGGCACACCGAUCCAGCAGCCCACCUGGAUUUGUCCUGGUAUUCCUGAUGGCCAGUCUGACUCUGGUACUUGUCAGUGGUAUGAACCACAGUGUGUUGUGUAAAUUCAAUCAAUCAUUCUUCAAAGAGCAGAUGCAUCUUGUGUACUCUAUUUCCUGACACCACUUAAAUAACAGAUUUAAAUUUGAUUAAAAAUAAAUUAUUCAAUA